UUAUUGCUAAAUUCAAUAAUAUUUUAUUUAUGUUAACAAAAUGUAUCUAAAUUUUAUAAAAAUUGGAAAAUUAUUGGAAAAGAGGAAACUAUUUGAUAAUAAAUAUGUUUUACAAUAUUGUAUUCGCCGAGAGUUGCAAACCCGGAACCAAACCAUUGACAUCAAGAGAUCUCGUUCUUCAUUUGGUGCGCAACCCAUCUCUCACUCUCCUAAUCAUAAAGUUAUAGCCAUUCGACGUGAAGACGCCUCAGUUUGGGAAAGAAGAGCUCCUUUAGCACCACUUCACGUGAGACAACUGGUGAAGAAAGGUGUGAGAGUUAUAGUACAACCGUCUAACCGAAGGGCUUAUCCGUUGCAAUCCUAUGUUCAGGCGGGUGCUGUCAUUCAAGAGGAUAUUAGUGAAGCACCGGUUGUUAUCGGUGUAAAACAAGUGCCAAUUGAUUCAUUACUUCCAAACAAAACCUAUGCUUUCUUUUCUCAUACAAUCAAAGCUCAAGAGGCAAAUAUGUCACUUCUUGAUGCUAUUCUCGAUAGAAAUAUCAGAUUAAUAGAUUACGAAAAAAUGGUCGAUAAUAACCAACGUGUGGUAGCUUUUGGAAGAUAUGCCGGAAUUGCCGGUAUGAUUGACAUAAUGCAUGGUUUAGGACUUAGACUGUUAGCACUGGGCCAUCACACACCGUUCAUGCAUAUCGGUCCGGCACAUAACUAUCGCAAUAGUGGUAUGACUAAGCAGGCUGUCCGCGAUGCUGGCUAUGAAAUUGCAUUAUCAAUGAUGCCUCGAUCAAUUGGUCCACUUACAUUUGUCUUUACCGGCUCAGGAAAUGUAUCUCAAGGGGCACAAGAAAUAUUUCAAGAGUUGCCUUAUGAGUACGUAGAUGUAAAAGAUCUGUCAAAAGUGGCCCAAUUGGGUCAACCAACCAAAGUUUAUGGAUCUAUUGUCACUCGCGCUGAUCAUUGGGUACGCAAAGAUGGCGGUGACUUUGAUCCAGACGAGGCAAACACACAUCCGGAAAGAUAUUAUUCUAAUUUUGCUACAGAGAUAGCACCGCACGCUUCGGUCAUUGUUAAUGGCAUUUAUUGGGCACACGAUUCACCCAAACUGUUGACAAUACCAGACGCUAAACGAUUACUUCAGCCUCAAUAUCAGCCAUGGCUGCCAAUAUCGGUGGGAUCACCAGCUCUACCACAUCGGCUGAUAGCUAUUUGUGACAUUAGCGCAGAUCCGGGCGGUUCUAUCGAGUUUAUGACUGAAUGUACAACAAUUGAUAACCCGUUUUGUUUAUAUGACGCCGAUUACAACAAACACAGCACCGACUUUGCAGGACCGGGGGUUCUGGUUUGCUCUAUUGAUAACAUGCCGACACAGUUGCCUUUGGAGGCCACACAAUCAUUUGGUGAUUUACUUAAGCCAUAUAUUGAUGACAUAAUUAAUUCAGACGCCACCAAACCAUUUGAGAGCUGCAACUUUGGAUCGGUAGUCAAAAACGCUACCAUUGCCAGCAACGGUCUACUGACACCUAAUUUUGAAUAUAUUAUGGAUUUAAGAAAAAAGAAAGACUCGAGUGGACCAACAAAAAAAAGUCAAUCAAACCAAAAGAAUGUAUUGGUUUUGGGCGCCGGCUAUGUGUCGGCACCAUUGGUUGAACUCCUCACACGAGAUGACAAUAUUUAUGUGACCGUUGCUUCAGAACUUCAAGGACCGGGAGAUGAAUUGGUUAAGAAAGCUCUUAAAUCUAAUGCUCACUCAUUGGUUAUCGAUGUGUCUAAAAAUAGCGAACAAUUAGAUAAAUUAAUUGAAGAUUCAGAUCUCGUGGUCAGUCUUUUGCCGUAUGCGUUGCACCCGAAGAUAGCAGAGAAAUGUAUCCGAUUGAAGACAAAUAUGGUUACCGCUAGUUAUGCCACUCCACAGAUGAAAGAGUUGAACGAUGCAGCCAUUGAAGCGGGAAUUACUGUUGUCAAUGAAGUUGGUUUAGAUCCAGGUGUUGACCAUCUAUUGGCAAUGGAGUGUUUCGAUCACGUCCACUCAAAUGGUGGCAAAAUUACAUCAUUUGUUUCAUAUUGCGGUGGUAUACCAGUGCCUGAAAAUGCUGACAAUCCGUUGAGAUAUAAAUUUAGUUGGAAUCCAAAGGGUGUACUAUUGAACAGUGUUGCCGGUGCCAAAUGGAUUGAAAACAAUGAGAUCCGGGAAAUACCAGCUGGAGGUGCACUCAUGGAUAUUGCCAAUGAUAUUGAUUUCUUGCACGGCUAUAAUCUCGAAGGUUAUCCUAAUAGAGAUUCAACAAUUUAUAAAGAUAUUUAUGGUAUUUCAUCUGCAAAGAUGGUACUUCGAGGAACUCUCCGAUAUAAAGGAUUUUGUGAUAUUAUGAAAGGUCUGCAUCUCAUGAAAUUACUGGACUCAACACCUCAUCCAUCAUUACAUCCAAAGGGACCAGAGAUCACAUGGAAACAGUUUAUGACUCUUCAAUUGGGACAUCAAGACGACAUUUUACUUUCUAAUCUUAAGAAUCUAAUCUAUGAAAGGGUUGGUAAUGAGACCAGAGUUAAUGCCAUUGAAAAGUUAGGUCUUUUAGAAGAAGAACCAAUUUUUAAAUUAGACACUCCUAUUGAUACAAUCACCCAUUUCUUGGCUAAUAAGUUAUCUUAUGGACCAAAUGAAAGAGAUAUCAUAAUUAUGAGACACAAUAUUGGUAUCGAAUGGCCGGACGGUUCUAAAGAGCAAAAGAAUAUUAAUUUUGUUGUCUAUGGAGAUCCUAAUGGAUAUUCAGCGAUGGCUAAGACUGUGGGAUAUCCGGCAGGAAUUGCGGCUAAAAUGGUAUUAAAUGGCGAAAUACAAACCAGAGGUGUGAUCGCACCGAUGACUUCAGAGAUUUAUCACCCAAUGAUUAAGAGAUUGCAUGACGAGGGCAUCACAUAUACUGAGACGUCCAACAAAUUAUAAACCAAAUCAUCAAAAUUAUUGCAAC